AUGGCAGCGCUUGCAAAUAAUGUGGCUGCAGAACGACUUGCUACACGAUACCUGCCUUUCUGUGACUCGAUUUUUCUCUGUCUAACUCACCAAUUGGCGAUUAAUAUCGACCCGUAUGGCUGCCAUAUCAUUGAAACGAUACGAGGAUGGUUGAUGGUUUUUGGCAUGACUUUGUCCGAAGUAAUUUUGUCCCUGCGCGCAUGGGCAGUAUGGAAACAAGGGGGAUCUGCGUCUGGGUGUCUCUCUGAUAUCCCUAAUUACGCUCACAACCGUGGCGGAGAUAUAUGUGACGAGAAUCUUCCUUCGCGACCUGCAAUGUUGCUUUCUCACCAGCGCAAAUCGCAUCGUGUAUUUGGAUUAUGUUGUAUUGAUGAUUUACGAAGCCGUAAUACUGGUCUUGAUGAUAAUUCCUGGAAUUGCUUCCUGUAA